AUGGCGAACAAAGCUUCAGCUGGAGGAAUUGUGAUGGUCUGGCCAGAGGAAUUCGACUGGGAAUGGUUAUGGGAUGGACGAUCGCUUCCAAGGGGCCGGCCCCGUUAUUUCGGAGCCCAGGGGCCGGCUCCGUCAAACAAGACAAUUGGUGGAACAAGUCAAUUCUUGACAGAAGGAGGCGCGAUGGAGGAGAGAGCAAAUAACGAAUAA